AUGGCGAGGGUGCGGAAGGCCCUGCAGGUCCUGAGCGUCUUCCAGUGGGUGCUCACCUUCCUCUUCUUCGGCCUCUUCUUCGCCUCGCUGCUGCUGUACCUGUUGUUCACCUCCUACUGGCCCAUCUCGGUGCUCUACUUGGCUUGGUGGAUCAGCGACUGGGACACGCCAGAGAGAGGGGGGCGCCGGAGUGACUGGAUGAGGCGCUGGAAGAUCUGGGAACUGCACAAGGACUAUUUCCCCAUCAAGCUGGUGAAGACGGCAGAGCUGCCCCCCACGCGGAACUACGUGCUGGGCUCCCACCCCCACGGCAUCAUCUGCGCGGGAGCCUUCGCGACCUUCUGCACCGAGAGCACCGGCUUCUCCCUCGCCUUCCCCGGCCUCAGGCCCAGCCUGGCCCUCCUGGCCGGCCUCUUCUACCUGCCCGUGUACCGGGACUACAUGAUGAGUUCAGGGAUGGUUCCGGUCCACAAGCGCUCCUUGGACUCCCUGCUGCGAGGCGGGCCGGGCCGGGCCGUGGUCAUCGUGGUGGGCGGGGCAGCCGAGUCCCUGGACUGCGCCCCCGGGGAGCACCGCGUCCACCUUCUCCGGAGGCGAGGCUUCGUGCGCCUGGCUCUGCAGCACGGGGCAGACCUGGUUCCCGUCUACUCCUUCGGGGAGAACGACAUUUUCCAGCAGGUGCGGUUCCCUGAGGGCAGCUGCGGCCGGUGGCUUCAGCUUCGCUUCAAGCAGCUCACAGGCUUUGCGCCCUGCAUCUUUCGGGGACGGAGCCUCUUCAGCAGUCGCCUCUGGGGGAUCCUGCCUCUGGCGUCCCCCAUCACAGUUGUAGUGGGGAAACCGAUCUCCGUGCCACGGCGCCCCCAGCCCACGGAGGAGGAGGUGAAGCACUUCCACGCACUCUACGUCGAGGCGCUGCAGCAGCUCUUCGAGGAGCACAAGGGCAGCUGCGGCAUCCCCGCCUCACAGCGUCUCACCAUCACUUAG